AAGCGAAUAUUUAAGAGACUGCCAUUUCAUUAAAACCUUAACAGUACAUUUUCACAAGCUCCCAAGCAGGCCCACACUCUAAAGAGCCAAACUGAGAAAAAGAUUCAUCCAUGGAGGGCAUGAAUGAUGACAAUAUGCAUGGCAUGAUGAUGCACAACACAUCAGAUGGCGGCAUGAACAUGACGAACCACCAUAAGAUGAUGAUGCAUAUGACCUUCUUCUGGGGUAGCGAUGCCGAGAUUCUCUUCUCCGGUUGGCCAGGAACCAGAACCGGUAUGUACGUCUUGGCCCUCAUAGUUGUCUUCCAGCUUGCUUUCAUGGUGGAGGGGAUUUCUCACUCUCGGUUUUUGAAACCCGGUUCCACCAAACACGUGACCGCCGGUCUGGUUCAGACUUUGUUGCAUGCUCUGAGGGUUGGACUUGCGUAUCUGGUGAUGUUGGCUAUCAUGUCUUUCAACGGUGGCGUUUUCUUGGCCGCCGUGGCUGGCCAUUCUCUGGGGUUUUUAUUAUUUGGCAGUCGUGUUUUUAACAAACCUUCCGCCACCGUCCCCGCCGCCAAAACAUCCGAUCUUCCGCCUAUGAGUUGUUGAAUAUUAGGGUUUAUUUCUUUCGGGUUUGGGUCUAAAAGAAUUUAUGUUUAUGGUUUUAGAUUUUUGUUUUUAUCUUUUAAUCUGUGCUUUGCUCUGUAUUUGUUUUUCAUUUGAUACAAAAAAAAAAAAUCAUAGAUUGCUUAAGAA